CCAUUCCCGUCCACUCGCUAUCCAUCUCCAACCAAGCAUCAUGUCCCGCUUCGUCCGUCCGUCCAAAUACCGACACGUCUUUGGCCAGCCUGGAAAGAAAGAAUAUGGGCUCGAGAACGUCAAAGUGUCCAACUCUGCCUGGGAUACAAACAUGAUCGAUGCAUCUGCUAAAUAUCUUUCAAUCAACUGGAACGCUUCUGGCGGAGGGGCGUUCGCCAUCCUCCCCCUCCCCUCGCCCUUCGCGCCUCUCCCAUUCAACCUCCACACCAAGCUGCCGGACAUCAUCCCCCUCGCCCGGGGACACAGUGCGCCUGUGCUAGAUACCGCUUGGUCCCCGCACGACGACAGUGUCGUCGCGUCUGCGGGAGAGGACGGGCGGAUCGUUAUCUGGAAAGUAGAAGAGGGGAUGUUCGAAGGCUGGGGAGGGGACAAAUGGGAGCCGGUCGACUUCUCGCCCUCAGCGCGUAUCCAGGGUUCUGGGAGGAAAGUCGGCCAGGUGCUCUUCCACCCCACUGCUGCCCAGGUAAUUGCUUCUGCUGCCGGGGACCACCUGGUGAGGCUGUACGACCUCGGGAGCGCGGACGAGCCCAAGCAGGUGCUGCAAGGACACACGGAUACCAUCCAGAGCCUGGCGUGGAACCCGACUGGCAGUUUGCUGGUAACGACCUGCCGAGACCGGAAGGUGCGGCUAUACGACCCCCGGGCGUCGGCUGAGCCCGUGCGGUCCGCGGACGGGCAUCCGGGCGUGAAGGGCGCAAGGGUGGCGUGGAUGGGCGAUUUGGACAGGUUUGCGACCACCGGGUUUAGCAGGAUGAGUGAUCGGCAGGUUGGAGUGUGGGACGUCGGGGAGUUUAAGACGGAAAAGAUGACUAGUGUGGACCAGAGCAGUGGGGUGUUGAUGCCUUUCUGGAGCGAUAAUAAUAUCCUUUUCCUCGCCGGGAAAGGAGACGGCAACGUCAGGUACUACGAAUACGAGACCGGGCAGCUCUUCCCCUUGUCGGAAUACAAGUCCUCCGACCCGCAGAGGGGAAUGUGUUUCCUCCCCCGGCGCGCGCUGAACGUGUACGAGAACGAGAUCGCGAGGGCGUACAAGGUCGUCAGUUCUGGCGUUGAGCCCGUAGCGUUUAUCUGUCCUAGGAAGGCCGACGCAUUCCAAGCAGACAUCUACCCUCCCGCACCCUCCUCCUCCCCCUCCCUCACAGCCGGCGAGUACUUCACGAGCUCCAAGCCCCUGACGCGGAAAGUUGUCGACCUCGAGUCUGGCUCUGUCUCCCACGCGAGUACGCCAGGGAAGAGCGUUUCCCUUCCCCCGCCUAGCACUCCUGCGGCACCCCAGCAACAGGCGAGAAAGUCCACCGCUCCCGCGCCGGUCAACGUCACCCCCGCCCCGCCGCCAACAGUCACCGUCGCUGCCCCUGCUCCCAAACCCGAGCCCCAGCCCCAGACAACCCCAGCCCCCAUGCGCAGCCCAGUCCAACCCAGCCCAACGCGUAUCGAGCCCUCCCGCUCGGACAGCUUCAGGAUCCUCACUCCCAAACCUCAGUCGCUCGAGCUCGCAGACAUCUCCGAGCCUAUAGAGCACGUCGAUAGUCCGGAUAUUGACGUUCCUGAGUCGGCUACGAGGAUGGGCACGAUCACCGCCAUUGGUGCUGGUGCCGGCGCCGGUGCGGGUGGGCCGGACGGAGUCAGAGUGGAGAACGAGAGGCUUAAGAAGGAGUUGGCGGAUGCGCAGAGUCAGAUUAGGGAGCUCCAGAUCCAGCUUGAUGGGAUGAAGGAAGCGCAGAAAGCGGCGAGGGCGUUGUUGCUCGGCUGAACGGGCGAACGUGGGAGUCGUUGGACGAAGUUUCAUCGUGAAUGUUGCUCAUGUGCUGUGCUGUGAUGUUGACUUUUACCCUUAUGAAAAGGAACGCUGUAACGCGGUUGAAUUCAU